CAUGUGUAAAAACCACAGUAAUCCUAUGCAUCCAGCACUUCGCCUCGUUGGGCUGAUCCCAAGGUUGGUUGGUCUAUAGCCAGCCAAGUCUCUCCGCCAAUAAGACGGCACCAAAAAGCCGCAAACGACAAAACUUUUUAGCCUCAGCUAAGUAACACGUACAAACUAUCUGCAUUACUGCAUUAGUCUGCAUGUUGCCGGUGCGUCACACCGGACCUUUAUAUUUUUUUUUCCUCAAGGAUAUAAAAAAGACAGACUUUCCGAUCGAAGAGAUAGAUCAGUUUCUAGAAAGGGGGGUAUCUACCGAAUUAUUGAUUUAACUUUUGUCGUUCUAAAUCAGAUAUUUUGUAGGUUUUUUAUUUUUUAUUCUAACACUUACAUCAAUCCACCACCAACAACAACACAAACUCACCCACCCACCCACUCAUCCUCAUCCUCAUCCUCAUACACACACACACACACACACACACACCCACCAUGUCCGCCCCCGUCCUCAACUUCAUAACCGGCAACGCCAACAAACUCUCCGAGGUCCGCGCCAUCCUCGAACCAGCCGGCAUCGCCGUGCGCAACCAACCCCUCGACCUGCCCGAGAUCCAGGGCUCCCUCGAGGACGUGACGCGCGAGAAGUGCCGCGCCGCCGCCGCCGCCGUCGGGGGCCCCGUCCUCGUCGAGGACACGUGCCUGUGCUUCGACGCGCUGAACGGGCUGCCGGGGCCGUAUAUAAAAUGGUUCAUGCAAUCCAUCGGCCACGCCGGCCUCAACAACCUCCUCGCAGCCUACGAGGACAAGUCCGCCCAGGCCGUCGCCACCUUUGGUUUCUGCCAGGGGCCCGGCGAGGAAGUCCUCCUGUUCCAGGGGCGCACGCAGGGCAAGAUCGUGCCUCCGAGGGGCCCUACGACGUUCGGCUGGGAUCCGAUCUUCGAAUAUGACGGACAGACCUACGCCGAGAUGGACAAGGCCGCCAAGAACAAGAUCUCGCACCGCUUCAAGGCGCUCGAGAAGCUGCGCGCGUGGAUCGAGGGUGGCGGUAUGAAGGCGUAAGGCGGCGCUUAGACGCGCACAAUUGACUUAAAUAUUCAUAUUAUACAUACCUACCACAUAGACAUACUCACGUGCGAGAAACCCCUAUACGGUAUCACGGCUACCAAAGGAUGAAUAGAUAAAUAAAGCAUUUUAUAUUUCUAAA